CAAUCCUCGUGUGGCUUCCGCAAUCGAGGUGGCUGGAGGUGAUGACGGCUCCCCCUUUGACAUGUCGGUCAACUUUCCAGAAACCUGGAUCUGGCAGCUUGCUCAAGUGGGAAACACUGGAUCCACAAAAGUUAAUCUGAUGGUUCCUGACACCAUCACCACAUGGGAGACGGAGGCAUUCUGUGUGUCCUCCAAAGGUUUUGGCUUGGCUCCUCCUGUUCAGCUGACGGUCUUCCAGCCCUUCUUCCUGGAGCUCUCCCUGCCUUACUCCAUCCGUGGAGAGUCUUUUGAGCUGAAGGCCACAGUCUUCAACUACCUGUCGAAGUGCAUCAUGGUUAAAGUGACUCCAGCUGCUUCCUCUGACUUCAGUCUUGGACCUCUUAAUGAUCCGUAUUCAUCCUGUCUCUGUGCCAAUGGGAGAAAGACCUUUAAAUGGAUUCUCUCCGCAUCGGUCCUUGGAUCUGUAAAUGUGACUGUCAGUGCUCAGGCUGAUCAAUCCCAGGUUCGAUGUGGCACUGAAGUUGUGACCGUGCCAACAAGAGGACGCAUUGACAUUGUUACUGAAAGUCUACUUGUUCUACCUGAAGGAGUUGAAAGGAUCUUCACCCAGAGUUGGUUAUUUUGUCCAAAGGGGAGCGUCCUUUCAGAAGAUGUGUCUCUGACACUUCCAACAAAUGUGAUCCAGGGAUCUGCCAAAUGCUCCGUUUCAGUCCUUGGAGACAUAAUGGGUCGUGCGCUAAAUAAUCUUGAUGGCUUGCUACAGAUGCCAUCUGGCUGUGGAGAACAAAAUAUGAUAAUUCUUGCUCCCAAUAUCUACAUCCUGCAGUACCUGGAAGGCACUGCGCAGCUCACCCCAACCAUCCGACAGACUGCCACUGGUUACCUUCAGAGCGGAUACCAAGGACAGCUAAACUACAGGCACAGUGAUGGUUCAUACAGCACAUUUGGCUACGAUGCUUCCAAUACAUGGUUGACCACCUUGGUCAUGAGGUCUUUUGGCCUAGCAAGGCAUUUCAUCUUCAUUGAUCCCAGUGUCCUCAAGAGCGCACAGGAUUGGUUGAUCAGCAAGCAGGGUUCAGAUGGCUGUUUCAUGCAAGAGGGAACUCUGUACCACGUUGACAUGAAGGGUGGUGUGGGUGAUAAUGUGACCAUGACGGGCUACGUUGUUGCAUCACUCCUCGAAAUGGGUAUCCUUGUCACGGAUCCGGUCAUCACCAAUGCUCUGUCUUGCUUGAGGCCUGUCGUUGGGAACCUGGGAAACACUUACACGACUGCUCUGCUCGCCUACACCUUCAGUCUGGCAGGAGAGACCAGCACUCGAGCUCUGCUUUUAACUGCCUUGAAGAACAUUGCCAUUUCUGAAGGCAACAAGCUCCACUGGUCUCAGACGUCAUUUGGUGACACUCUGGCAGUGGAGAUCAGCUCUUAUGUGCUGCUAGCGGUUCUCUCUGUACAGCCUCUCACGACCACUGAUCUGAGCUAUGCUAACCACAUUGUCAACUGGCUUGUGGCCCAGCAGAAUCCUUAUGGAGGCUUUUCCUCCACCCAGGACACUGUGGUGGCUCUUCAUGCUCUGUCUCUCUUCGCCACUAAAGUGUUCAGCCUGGAGGGCUCCAGCACUGUUACUUUACAGUCCUUUGUGGCAGGAGAGGUAUAUAACUUGAAUCGGGACAACAGGCUGCUGUAUCAGGAGAAGCGGCUGAAGAACAUUCCUGGCAGAUAUAGUGUUCAAGCCAAGGGCUCCACCUGUGUGUCUGUGCCGGUUGCGUGUUUCUACAACAUCCCGACACCCAUUAAAUUUUCCAGUACACUUGGUGUUGAAGUGAAGGUGGCAAGAGACUGCAGAGUGCGUGGAGCUGAUCUCAUGCUGAACAUUACUGUGACGUACAAUGGCGCAAAACCAACUACGAACAUGGUUAUCGUGGACCUUAAACUCCUGUCAGGUUUCACCGCAGAUACGUCUCUGGAUCGUAUGUUUUAAGAUUCAUUUACUCCACUAGUGCAGCGGGUUGAUGCUGGAGAUGACCAUGUGCUGGUGUAUCUGAAAGGGGUUGCUAAGGGUGUCCCCAUGACCUACAGGCUACAACUGAAACAGGGUCUUGCAGUGCAGGAUCUCAAGCAAGCAGUCGUUGAGGUGUAUGACUACUAUCAGCCAAAUGACUCAUCGGAGACCAAGUAUAUGCCUCCCUGUCCAUGAUUGUGCUUCAUUUCUGGCUAUAAGACGCAUGAAUAAACUCUUAACUAGUCA